AUGGAGCUGGAGAACGCCACGGCGUCCCUGUCCCUGUCCCCAUCCUCAUCCACGUCACCGUCCUCAUCCGCGCAGCCCCUGUACGCCCUGGGGUGGGACAGGCAGCUGCUGCUGGUCUGCGCCGUGCUGGGACUGCCCGCCAACGCCUUUGUCCUCUGGCUGACGGGCUGGCGGCUGCGCUGCCGCGGCCUCGCCACCUUCAUCUUCAGUGUGGCCGCCUCCGACUUCCUCUUCCUCGCCAACUCCACCCUGCAGAUCUGGACGGCGGCGCGCGGCUACCACUGGCCGCUGGGCACGCCGCUGUGCCGCCUGCACCGCUUCCUUCUCGACCUGGCCUACUACAGCGGGCUCUUCCUGCUGGCCGCCAUCAGCCUGGACCGCUGCCUGCUGCUGCUGGCCCCGCUCUGGUACCGCUGCCGGCGCCCGGCGCGCUGGCCGGCGGGGCUGUGCGCGGCCGCGUGGCUGACGGCGGGCUGCUGCAGCGCGCCCGGCACGGCGCUGGCGCAGGCCUCGGAGGUGCUGCCGGGGCUGGUGGUGUGCCGGCGGGAGCAGGGCCGCUGGCAGCAGCUGCUGGGCUGGCUGGAGGUGGCCGUGGAGGGGCUGCUGCUGCCCACCGGCGUCCUGCUGCUGUGCAACGGGGCCGCGCUGGCCGUGGCGGCGGCGCGGAGGCGGCGGCAGCGUGGCGGGCGCCUGCCGGCCCGCUUCCAGCGCCUGGUGGCGGCCACGCUGAGCAGCUACCUGGCGAUCCACCUGCCCUUCCAGCUGGCCCAGCUGCUGAGCCACGCGAUCCCCGAGCACUUCGCCAACCUCACCUACUUCGUGGGGCUGGCCUUCAACGUGGGCAGCUGCCUCAACCCCUGCCUCUACCUGCUGCUGGCCACCGGCGCCUGCCACCGCCUCGCCCGCAUGGCGCCCGGCACCGCCGCCCCGGUGCCACCGGCCAGCGCCGCCGGCGUGACGCCGGGCACCGCCGCCCCCGUGCCGCCCGCCGCCCCGGUCCCCGUGCCACCGGGCACCGCCGCCCCGUUGCAGCCGGAGGCCGCUGCCCCGGUGCCGCCGGACACCGCGGUCCCGGUGCCACCCGCUGCCGCCAUCCCGGUGCCCUCGUCCCGAUCUCCCGCGGGGACCCCACCGGCAGCGCCCCCCCGCCCCGCCAUGACCCAGCCCUGA